AUGUUUUAUACAUUAAUGGAUGAUUUUUCUAUAAGUUUACUUUAUCAAGAAGGUGAUGAAUUACUUAUACAAUGUUUAUUUGAGAUUUAUGUAUAUAUGAAGAAUUAUCGAUUAGCAAGAUUUGUAUUGGAAUAUCAUAUUGGAGGUAAAGAUGAAAGUGAAGAAUUAUAUGGAUUUAAUCUGAUAGAUCGUUAUUUAUCUGUAAGAGAUGCAUUAAUCUAUGGUAAACAUACAAUUCAAUCUGAUACAAUUAUUGAUAAGAUUGAACAAAAAUAUCUGUAUCUUGAACUGCUACGAUCUGAUUAUCAGAAACAAAUCAAAAGGGCUGAAGAUGUAGAAACUAUUAAUUUCAGUAUUAAAUCUAAACAUGGUUUAACAUGGUUAUCAUUGAUCGAUACCAUUAAUGGAGAAUUAAAGGAGAAUGAAGAUGAGAUUAAGACUGAAGAUAUUAAUCGAGCUAAGCUUAAGGGUAUUGAAGCAUAUUUUAUGGCUACUAAUCCUAUGGAAAGAGUUGAAUUUGAUAUGGAUAUAGAUAUGGAUAUUGAACAAAAUGGCAAUGGCAAUGGUAAUGGUAAUGGUAAUAGUAAUAGUAAUGGCAAUGGAACUAGUCAAACUGUAGAAGAAACAGUACCGACUUCAGGUACGGUCAGUGAAGAAAUUAAAGAAGAAGAAGGAGCAGGACCAGGAGCAGGAGCAGGAGAAGCAGAUGAAACGACCAAACAGGCUAUAAUCCAAAGAUCUUCUAAACGUCUCGCUAAAUCAGAAACAGUAGAAGUUCCCGAGGUAAAGAUUGAAGUUGCCCAUUUUGCUGAAACCAAGACAUUUUUUGAUCAUUUGAAUGAAUACUUUAUCAAUUGGAAAGUUCCCCAACUAAAUGAUAUUACCGAACAGUAUGUAAAUGAAACUGAUCAAUGUCAAUACAUAACAGAUUUUGUUACAUCUAUAAAUGAUUGGACAAAGGCAUACACUUCAUCAUUUUUGGCCGAUGAUUCUCCUAAGGGAGCUGAUGAUGAUAAACUUAAAUUAUUAGAGAUUUUAGAUUCAUUUACAGCACUUUGUAUGGAGAAAAGUCGAGAUGAAUUACCUCUGAUUGAUACAAUUGAUGCUAAAACAUUCUUAAUAGGAUUCAAUAAUGGUAAACAUCAUUAUAUGGAUUUAAAAGUUAAUUUAUUACAACAUUUAUUAGAACGAUCUACUCAGACGAAAUUUGGUGAUCAAUUAUUUAUAAAGAUCCGUGAUUGGUUACUUCAAAUUGACUUUUAUAUUAUUGAUUCCAAUAAUUGCAAUUUGAAAUUCUUAACCAGUAUCUUUGAAGUAUUUGUUGAUUAUCUCAUAUCCUUAAAGAAUCAGAUUGUAGCCAAUCAGAACUUGAAAAGACCCGUGAAAACCACAGUUAAUGCAUUAAGUUUGGAUUUAAUUAAAGUAUCAGAUAAAUUACAGAGAUGGCAACAAUAUUUACAAGGACAAUUUGAUAAAUUUAAUCAAUUUGAUAAAUUUGAUAAAUUUAAUAAUGAUGAUAAGUUACUCUAUUGUCGAUUUAAAUGGAGUCUUGUUCUAAAGGAAAGUACCUUAACAUCACCAUUAGAUGAUAGUAGUUAUAUCUUAAAGGAACUUAGUCAACUUGAAUCAAUGGCCUUAACAUUUACCAAGGACUUUUAUAUUAGUUUCCCUAAUUAUGAGAAUAUUCCAUUAUUAAAUAUUAAUAAUAUUAAAUCUCAAUUAACUAGUGUGACGGUAUUAAGUACAUUUUCACAAUUAUUAUAUGAAAAAUCCGAUUCUUCAGAUACUAUAAAUGUAUUAGAAGAAAUCUUAUUGGGUAAACAGGGAGAAAAGAAACUUAUGGGAGUAUCCCUUAUACGAGAAUUUCUUGAUGAAUCACCAAUAGAAAUGAAAUUAAGUCUCUGGAAGAUUUUAUUUCUGUACUAUAAUGUUAAUGAGAAAGUUGAAGAUUUUCAAAUUGGGUUUGAAAGGAUUUUGGAUUUCAUUUUCGAACUUAUUACUAGUAAAGAUUAUGAAACCAUUGAACUUGAAUCAGAUAGAAAAUCAACUUUAGUAAGAGUUCUUGGAUUUUAUAGUGAAGUCUUAGUAUUAUUAUUAAAGAAUUUAGCUAAUCAAGAUUGGAAUUUACCGUUAUCUAAUCAAGAGAAGAACAAGAAGAAUCGAACUAUUGAACAUUUAUUAAGAAUGGUGGAAUUAAUUUAUCUCUUUAGUUUACAUGAAGAAGCCUCGAUCAUCUCAUCAUUAAAAGUUUCAGUUAAAUCUCGUUCAGCAUUAUCAUUUCAAAAAUUAAAGGAUCUUUUGGUUCGAUCUAUUGCCAUUCUAAUACUUUAUUUAAAGAAAUGGAAUAAUAAUAAUUUACAUGAUAUAGCAGGAUUAAUUAGUAGUAUUCAUAGUCAAAUUGGUAUGAGAGGAUUAUGUGAUAGUUCAGAAGGAUUAUUCUUAAAAAUGGCUCAAGAUUUACUUGUAUCAUUAAAUGAUUGUGAAUCUGAAUUAUCUCAAUUAAUUUAUUGUAGAUAUCAUUAUAAUGUGGGAUAUAUGAAUCCUCAAGAUCAUUCAACAAGUUUAAAGGAAGAUCUUGAUAAAGAAUCUACCAAAGAAUUAGCUAAAUUUGUAUUACCUUUAUGUUUUGUAAAGAAUCCAUUAAUUCAAGUACCAAAACAUGAACUUAAAUCAUUAGUUGAUGAAUUUUAUAAUGUAAUUGGAGAUCCUGAUUUUGAAUCUUCAGAAAUUCUUCAUAGAAAUGAAGCAUCAUUUGAUAAUUUUCUUGAUUCAACUAGAAUUACUCCAAGAUUUGUUCGAGAUGCAUUUUAUGGAUUAAUUAAAUUAAGUUUAGAUGAUUUAAUUGAUGAAUCUAUUAAAAUUAUUGAAGAUGGAUUAUAUUAUUUAGAAGGAUUAUUUAUCUUUAGUUCUUAUAAAGUUAGAAAGAAGAAUAUGCAAAGUAGAGUGGUUGAAUUAGAAAAUGUUAUUAUGUUAUUAAAGAAUGAUUUAAUUCAUGGAACUAAUCGAAUUGGUAGUUGGUUUUUAUUAGGUCAAACUUAUGGAUUCUUAGUUGAAGAUGAUCUUAUUUGGACUUCAGAUAAAUUAACUGUAGCUGAUCGAAAGAUUGGUACGGCUAAUUUACAAAGAAAAUCUUUAAUUUGUUAUCUUAUGGCUAUUAAUGCCAGUAAUAAAUUAGAUGAUAAACAAAUUCUUAAACCAAUCUUGGGUAAUUUAAUGUCAUCAUUUGGUAAAGAAAUGUAUUCUGCUUGUAUGGAACCAUUAGCAAUGCAUGCAUUUAAAGUUCAAAUGACUUCUAAAUUCAUUCGAAAGAGUUCAGGAGCUUCCUUUGUUAAUGUAGAUAAAGAAAGUAGUAUUCUGAUGAAACUUUGUUUAAAAAUCAUGCAACAAUGUUUUCAAUUAGCUCUUAAAGCUAAAGCCAAUGAUUGGACAAAUUAUUAUUAUCUUGCCAAGAUUCUUCGAAAAUUAAAUAAAGGAGCAUCUGAAGUUUUAGAAAAUGUUCAAAAUGCUUGUAUGUUAUCUGAUGAAUCUAAUACUUCAACUGAUCAUAUAAUUGAACCUCAUUAUAUGUUAUGUUCAUUAUUAUAUAAAUAUGUUAAAUCAGAUAGUAUUUCAAUUGAAGAAGCAUUAACAUUUCUAAGAGUAAAUCCAGUGGUACUGAUGUCAAUUGAAACUAAAAUAGAUUCAAAGAUUGAAUUUUAUUCAGCCAUUAUUGAUGCCCUUAGGAAAGUUGAAUCAUACGAUAAGAAAAAUUGGCAUCAUAAACCAAAUUAUAGAAUAGCUCAAAUUCUUUUUGAAGAAUUUCAAAAAGUUGAUGAAGCCGUUGAAGAAAUGUCAUCAAUAAUAUCUUUAAAAGCUACUAGUAAGACUUUAGUACUGAUUUGGAAACCAGAACAAGAAAGACCAGGGAAACAUUUUUAUUAUACAUUUCAGUAUUCAAAAUUUUAUAUUAAAUUAUUGGCAUAUAAAUCUGAUUUAAUUAGUUUAAUUUUAAUGCUUCCAAAACUUCGAAGAUCAAAUUCUACUAUGGUACUGCUUUAUACAGCAUGGGAAAGUUUAUGUUCAUCAAUUUGUAGAAUAAUUCGAGCUCUGUUAGAAAUUGGUGAGAGUUUUGUAUUUACUGAGAAUUUUUUACAAGUUCCUUAUCAAACAUUCAUGUUAAAUACUAAAUCAUAUCUUGAAUUAAUUGAUGUUAAGGGACUUCCUGAAAAUUUAGAACCUCAUGUAUGUUUUCUUCAUGCAAUAAAUGAUAUGAAGAAAUUUAAUAAUGGAUUUGGUCCAACAUCACUUAUUGAUGAUACAAUUGUUGGGAUAUUUAUUAGAAUAUAUUUACAUUAUGAUAGAUCACUUAUAUUAGGACAAUCUAAUGAAAAUGAAUCACCAGGAGGUAAAAUUAAAAAAUUAGCUAAAAGAGAUAUAUUCCCAUUUGCUAAUGAUUUAUUAAAGAAUUUAAGAAGAAAAAUUGAAACUAUUCUUAAGGAGAAACCAAAUAUUUAUAAUGAUUUUAUUGAGAGUGCAGCUAAAGCUCAACAAGAGAAGAAGAGGAAUGUAACGAUUAUAGAGGAUGAGUUAACUCCUAGGAAAAAGCAAAAAUUAGAUAAUCCACAAUCUACUAUAUAUGAGAUCUUAGAUUCGUCGGAUGAGGAGACAGAAGUGGGACAGGUAGAGAAUGGUGAAGCCGACAAUAAACAUGAGGAAAACACUACCCAAGUACCCCAGAAUACUGCAGGUAAUGAGAAGUCUAUUGAACUGGGGGUAUCAGAAGUACCAGAAGUACCAGAAGUACCAGAAGUACCAGAAGUACCAGAAGUACGAGAAGUACCAGAAGUACGAGAACCAGAAGUACCAGAAGUGUCUGCUAAACAGAAGACAGAAGAUCCUCCAACAGUGGAAGAUCUUCCAGUUGUACAAGAAGAAGAAAAUGUCAAAUCCGACACUGACCCAAUUGAGACCCAGUAG